AGCCACUAGAGGUACCAGGCCGCCUGUGCACGCCCAAAAGGUACAUCGGCAUCGUCCUUACAUGAGCAUCACUCGACAGAGUCGACACUAAGGAACCUGGUCACAUUCAUUUCAACAACGAUAACAGUCCCCGAUCUGUGCUUCCCUGUCCGCCAUUUCCCAACGACCAGGGACCUGGCGACAUCCUUGACAACUUCACACCACGCACCCUCGCGCCCACUCGUCAGCAAACACUGCGAAACCCUUUUUUCCUGCGAACGUCGUCAUGCAGCUCGACUGUACCUAUAUGUCGCGGUAGCCGCCUUGCCUCCCGCUGUGCCCGUCGACCGUCACCGCCGGUUCCACGCCAUGCGAGGCCUACACCAGCCAUGAACUGACAAGAUGGGCCUCACAACUUUUCUCGGAUCCUCUACCGACAAACUCGUCUCCAGCCGCUCCAAGACCUCGUCGUCCAGCUCUCUUCAAAAGGCCUCUGAGAACGCCUCCUCUCAGACGGCAGACGCUGGCUCUACCUCUACCGCCACCUCCCACUAUGGAUACAUCUACGACGAAGAGCAGCUCCCUGCGCUGUCUCCCGACUGUCCCGACCUUCGCGAGCUUAACAACAGCCUCGAGGCCCUUGCGGCCAUCUUCCCCGAUAUACAAAUUCAGGUCUUCCGCGAGAUGUUGAUCAACUUUGACGAGGAAUCGAGGCUGGCUGUUGUGAUUGAUGCCCUGUUGAAGAAUCGCGUAGCCUGGGUCAAGGGUCGCUGGAGGACUGUCGAUAACCAAUCUGCUAGACCCCUGGUUGCGAACGAAGAAGCAGGAGAGCAGAACGAGGCUUCGAUCCCUCGCGUCGAAGCUUUCCGAAGUCCCGAGUACAAACACGCCGUGCAAGCGCUGGCUUGGCACGAAUUCAAGGGCCUCUCGCGCUCCACCAUCAACGCCGUCCUCGCCGAGUCCAACUACUCCUAUCUCGAAGCCCGCAACACUCUCGUCUCGUUGUCGUCAAAGUCGUGGCGUUUCACCAUAUCGUCCCUCUUCCUCCGCCGGAAACCGGUCGCCACGGGCGAAGCCGAAAACCAUCCGCUGAUAAUAUGGAAGUCAACUGGCCAAGGCGCCAUCGUGCCGUCUCUAAAGGCCACGGGGAACGCAGAGCUCGACUCUGAGCUGUACCGUGAUUUGGUUCGACCGCUGAAAGACCGGGCACGGCAGACGCAAGAGGACAAGGAUCGAGGUCUGGCCUUCUUGAUGAAUAAUGAAGAAGCCGAGGAAGCCGGCGCCAUGCAUGAGUGCGCAUGCUGUUUCACCGAGUCCACCUUUGAGGAGUUUACAACCUGCAACACGGACGGGCAUAUGCUCUGUUUCCGCUGUGUUCAACACUCUAUUACGGAAGCUGUGUUUGGCCAGGGAUGGCAUAGCAGCAUCGACACAAAUCACGGCACGCUGAAAUGUCUCGCUGUCGAAGGGAACGGGUGCCCUGGUCAUAUCCCCUACGAGCACAUACACCGCGCCAUGCUAGAGGAGAAGAAGGGCGCCGAGAUUCUCCGUAAACUCGACCAGCGUUUGGCAGAAAACAGUCUCCUGACAUCCAACAUGCCCCUUAUUCGUUGCCCCUUUUGCGACUAUGCAGAAGUGGAUGACAUCUACCUCCCAGCACAAGAAACGCAACUACGGAUCAGACUUAACAGUUUACUCAGUCUUGCCCUACUACUCGUAUGCAUCGCAACGGUUCCCUUUCUCCUCCCUGUGGUCUUGUUGUCCUCCUUUCUCUGUCUUCUCGUCAGCACGAAGCAGACGGUUGGCGAUCGCCUGAUCGCACAGUGGCACCUGGCUCUUGGCCGCCAUCGCCGACGACGUCGUGGUCUCAAAUUUGCAUGUCAAAACCCCGAUUGCGGGAAAAGCUCGUGUCUAUCCUGCGCCAAGGCCUGGAAGGACAUUCACGUAUGCAACGAGUCGUCUCUGGUGGCGUUGCGCACGCAGGUUGAGCAAGCGAUGAGCAUGGCCAUCAAACGCGUCUGCCCGCGAUGCCAUACGUCAUUCGUCAAGAACUCGGGCUGCAACAAGCUCACCUGUCCUUGUGGCUACAAGAUGUGUUACGUCUGCCGCAAGGACAUUGGCGGUACCAACGGCGACGGCGAAGGGUACAGGCACUUUUGCGACCAUUUUAGGCCGGACGGUGAUCCGCGGCCCUGCACCGAGUGCUCGAGGUGCAACCUCUGGGAGAGCGAGGACACCGACUCGGUGCUGAGGCAGGCCAAGGAAGAGGCCGAGACCAAGUGGCGCGAGACGGAGAAGCGCGAGCUGAAUGGGGCCGAAAAGGCCUUUCUGGAGACGGGCUUCGCCAGGAACGGGGUCUCGCCGGUCGAAAAUCGCCUCAAGAACGGUCAAUUGCCGACCUUGCCGGAGUUCUGCGACUUUGUGGUUGAGACUAUUUUUGUGUGAAGCCCGCUCCGAGUAGAUGUGUGCUUUGUAGAGCGGCAUGAUGCGGCAUGCUAGGAAAUACGAUAGCAAGAAAGACGAGAGGCUCGGAGUUUGACAAGGUCAUGAUUAUACUGGGAUAUGGGCAUUUCUGGGGCGUUCAGGGUUUGCGGGAUGGUCGAGAAACGGGAACAACCUCACAGUAUGAGGGUAGAGUGAAUGAGGACUGUCGUCUCUCGGCGCUCAUCUACAACAAAG